GGAGGGUUGUGAUUACGCUGAUCAGAUGACCAUACAGUCAGCCAGUUUGGUGACUGCAUUCAGCAACACUGCAUAAUAUAUUGGUGUCACAAGGACAAGAAAUCAUGUUGAUUAUUCUGUUGGUCGCAGCAAUGUUUGGCCAAGGGCAGUCAUGGAGCGACUAUGGGUAUUACUUCAUCACGGCAUUCCCAGAGAACAUUGCCUUCUACUAUCCAUUUAUUCCAUCAAAUUAUCUAAAAAUCACCGCCCUCUAUAAUGACACUUCAGUGGACGUGUACUUGAGUCACACAUUAAUGUUCACUAACACACUGCAAUCAGGAGACACUACAAUUGUGACCCUAAAUGUUGAGCAAUAUCAAUUCGGUCAAUCCUACAGGUCCGUCAUAAUAAACAGUUCAGAUUACAUUGUAGUGCUGUCAGUCAGUCAUCGAGGAGAUAGUGUGCAGACUAAUGUUGUUCAGCCUUUACAAAAUCUUGGUACAAUUUACACUAUCCCCUCUCUGAAUUACAGUGAGAUGAUUUCUACCUUCAAUGAAAUGGGUGAAAAUAUCAGCAAGAAAAACAGUUUAUUCAGGCUAGUCAUUAUAAACUCAGAAGAUGUAAAUAACCAUGUAAUAAUUCAACGACAACAGUUUCAGUACACGGAAAUCAUACUUAAUCCUAAUGGCCUUGUGCAACUUCCUAUCAAUGGUUCAGAAAUUGCCAUAGUAGCUGAUUAUAGAGUGGCUGUACUGCUUACCCACCCAUGUGUAGAAACAGCAAGUUGCAGGUGCAACAUGGUGGUGAACCAACUUCGUCCAGAUCUCCAGUGGAGUAAUUUGUUUUUGGUGCCCUCAGUAGUGCACAUGAGCAAAACUUGGCUACAUGUGACAUCAGCAAUGAACAUUCAACUGAGUGGUGCGAAUCUAGAACCCACUAAUUUUGCACCCUAUCCCUCAAAUCUCUUGUCCAUCCCAUCUGUGCAGUCAAAUUCCCAAUACAUCUUCGCCUCUGAUGCUGUUUCCCUUCGAAUUAUCAGUCCAGGCCUCUUUAUUGAACUGAUCCCACUAUACAUGUUUCAUGCUUGUUACCUGGUGCAGAUCAGUUCGACACAAGGUGAGGUCUUGGUGAUAGCUGAAACAGCCUACAAGGAUAAUGUGCACAUAGACAGCAGUUUGCUUUCAUCCACUGAUUGGAGCCCCAUCGCCCAAACACAGUACUCCUCUGUCUCCGUGAUCCUUGACGGUGAACACGUCAUCUGGCAUUCAUCCUCAAGAAUUGGAGUGUACAUGUUUGAGAGGAUGAGGAGUGGAAUUCUUUAUGGAGGCCCAGCUAUAGCUUUGAAGAUGCAGCCAGACCCUGUUGGCUGUUUAUUGCACUCUACUGGGUUUGAAAUCAUUCAAACACCCAUGACCUGGGUUCAAUCCUAUCAAAACUGUAUGUUAACAAAAGGUGACCUGUUCAGUCCAACCUCCGCGGAGGACCAAAUGCAGAUAAGCAACUUUCUGAAUAAUCAAGAAAUAAAAGAGGACCUCUGGAUUGGACUGCGGUGCAGUCUGUUCUCAUUGGACUGGUACUGGCAGAAGGGUAACAUGAGAAUAUACAACUUGAGCUACACGCAGUGGGCAACUGGGGAGCCCGGUGAUCAUGUGAAGGGCAUGUGUGCUUCAACAUCCCCAAAUCCAUCAGAUUCCAUCAUAAAUUGGAAAAGUGUGCGUUGCUGUACUAAUUUGAAGUCUGUCUGCUACAGGAAAGCUAAGUACUUCAGUCUGUAAGAACUAGCCACAGUGGUUGCUAAAACUUUAGGGUAAAAAAAUACAAUGACAUUACAAGAUAGCAUUUUGUAUAAAUUGUGUAUACUGUAUACAUAAUUAAAAUAAUCUAAUGUUAAUAUACCAACCUAAUUGAGCUACCAGUGUAGUAGUUCUAGUUGUAGUAAAUAUAUAGACACAUAGAUGUGGAGUUGUUUAUGAUCUAUGGACAAAUGAAAGAUUUCAGCUUAUUUCACAAGUACUUUCAGGAAGUUCAUAAUGGCUUUAUGUAUCUCAAGAAAUUGCUAUUACCAUGUAUAAUGUAUGUAGGCCUAUAUCUUGUUACAUGUAUAUCUUAUUCACAAUGCUCACACUGUUAAUCUGGAGACAUGUAUUUCUAUGCAAUUAUUAGCACUUUAUCUUUCCAAAAUAAUAAUAAUAAUAAUAAUAAUAAUAAUAAUAAUAAUAAUACAUUUAAUUAUUGUUAGUUACAUCAUUUAAUUUAGUUAAUUUAUUGAAGGAAAUGACUUGGAAAAAGCAAUAAGACAUUUAUAAACAUACCAUUCUUGGCACAUUAAAGUACCUCUAAAAUUUUCUAAACAUUUAGAUUAAACUAUUUUAUUUAUUUAUACAUAUGUGUCUAUUAAGCUGUGUUUAUACAAUCAAAAUGUGUUUGACAUGAGAGUGAGUAAAUGACGACUAUGGACAUAUUCCACAAAGUUUGACAACCAGAAAGUGUCCACACAUUUGAUUUUGAAUAGUAUCUAUUGUUUUUGAUGUUCAUACAGUCUAAGUUGAAAUAUAUAUUUGUGCUAUAUUUCUUUAAAAUAAAUGCCACUUUGUUAUAU